GUUUAUUUGCAGCUGGGCAGGCGGAGCAGCGGCAGAGCGCGAGCAGCCGGCAGCGGCUCGGGCUCCUGCCUGCCCCGGCGGCACCAUGCUAGCGGCGCCGCCCGCCCGCGCCCGGCAGGAGGAGGAUGCCCCGCGCCCGCGAGGAUGGUGACAGCCUCCGCCAGCGGCAGGAGCCGGGACCGAGCGCCGCUGCAGCCGCCGUCCCCGCCUCCUUCUCCUGUCCCCGCCGCCGCGGCUCCCGCCUGGCCCGGCUCCGGCCGCUCCCCGGCCGCGGCGCUGCUGCUGGCCGGGCUGUGCGCCCUGUGCUACGGCAGCUCCCUGCGGGGCGAGUUCGUGCACGACGACGUGUGGGCGAUCGUCAACAACCCGGACGUGCGGGCGGCGGCCCCCUGGGCGGGCGUCUUCGCCAACGACUUCUGGGGCAAGGGCAUGGCCGAGAACAGCAGCCACAAGUCCUACCGCCCCCUCUGCGUCCUCACCUUCAAGCUAAACAUAUUGUUGGCUGGUAUGAACCCAUUCUAUUUCCAUGCAGUAAAUGUAUUUUUACACUGUCUAGUGACUCUUGUCCUGAUGUAUACUUGUGACAAAGCUGUAUUCAAGGACAGUCGACUGGCUUUUGUCACGGCUCUCUUCUUUGCUGUGCAUCCUAUUCACAGUGAGGCUGUAACAGGUAUUGUAGGCAGAGCAGAUGUCUUAGCCUGUCUACUGUUUCUAUUGGCUUUUCUCUCCUAUAAUAGGAGUGUGGAUCAUUUUUAUGUUGGGGAACAUUUCCCUCCCACUGCCUCUCCAUUCUUCUUGCUGCUUAGUUUAUUUCUUGGGACCUGUGCAAUGCUGAUGAAAGAAACUGGAGUCACUGUGUUUGGUGUAUGCUUGGUUUAUGACUUGCUUUUCCUGUCCUACAAUAGACUUAGACUGAGAAAUGGAGGGGUGCAUCAGAGGUUCACACGGCAGCCUGCAGCUUCUUCAUCUGCUUCGCUGCAGAUUCCUCCAUCCAGCAGGGAGAAUGGGAAGCACCGGUUUGCUCACAAAGGAACCUGGAACUCAUGCCACCCUGCAUCAUCUGAAGAGCAAUGGAGCAGCAGCCUUUCUGUCUCAAACAAAGCCAUGUGGGCUAUUCUUAGCUACCUGACUGCAAGUAACAACCAGAAUUUCUUGUAUACUGCAAGGCCAUUUUUGAAGAGGGCUGCUUUAGUAAUAAGUUAUGUGAUUCUUGUUUUAUAUUUCCGUUUCUGGAUAAUGGGAGGUUCCAUGCCAAUGUUUUCAGAACAGGACAAUCCAGCUUCAUUCUCACCUUACUUACUUACAAGAUUUCUAACUUAUUCAUACCUCCUGGCGUUCAAUUCCUGGCUUCUGCUAGCACCAAUUACUUUGUGCUAUGACUGGCAAGUCGGGAGUAUUCCUUUAAUUGAGUCGAUAUGGGAUGUGAGGAAUUUAGCUACAGUUCUCCUGGUGGUGGUGAUGAUAUUACUCAGCUUACAUUGCAUAACAGCAUUCAAGAAACUGGAACAUAGAGAAGUUUUAGUUGGCUUGUUGUUCCUGGUUUUCCCAUUUAUCCCAGCCAGCAACCUCUUCUUCAGGGUGGGAUUUGUGGUGGCAGAGCGAGUCCUUUACAUGCCAAGUAUGGGGUACUGCAUCCUUUUGGUCCAUGGUUUGAAAAAGCUCUGUGCCUGGUUAAAUCGAUGGGGAACUACUGCUCUGACUCUCUCUGCUUUGCUGCUGCUGCUGCUGUUCUCUUGGAAAACUGUGAAACAGAAUGAAAUCUGGUUGUCAAGAGAAUCCCUCUUCAGGUCAGGUGUGCAGACUCUGCCCCAUAAUGCCAAGGUACACUACAACUAUGCCAAUUUUCUGAAGGACCAGGAUCGUAACAGCGAAGCCAUCUAUCACUACAAAACUGCCCUCAAAUUGUAUCCUCGUCAUGCAAGUGCCCUGAACAACCUUGGUACGUUGACCAAAGACUUGAUGGAAGCAAAGGAAUACUACAGAAGAGCUCUUCAGUUAAACCCACAGCAUAAUCGAGCUCUCUUCAAUCUUGGAAAUCUGCUCAAGUCCCAAGGGAAGAAAGAGGAAGCUGUGUUCUUAUUGAGAGAUUCCAUUAAAUAUGGUCCAGAGUUUGCAGAUGCUUACUCAAGUCUUGCGUCCCUGUUGGCUGAACAGGAACAAUUUAAAGAAGCCCAGGAGGUUUAUCAGGCUGGGAUAGAGAAUUGUCCAGAGAGCUCUGAUCUGCAUAAUAACUAUGGUGUUUUCUUAGUUGAUACUGGGGCUCCUGAGAGAGCAGUGUCCCACUACCAGCAGGCCAUCUGGCUCAGCCCAAACCAUUAUGUGGCCAUGGUGAACCUGGGCAGGCUCUACCGCUCUCUGGGGCAGAACAAAGAGGCUGAAGCUUGGUACAAACGAGCGUUGAAAGUAUCACGGAAGGCAGAAAUUCUGUCGCCACUGGGAGCUCUCUACUACAACACGGGGCGGUAUGAAGAAGCUUUACAGGUUUACAGGGAAGCCGCAGCACUCCAGCCUUCAAACAAGGAGAUUCGACUGGCACUGGCACAGGUUUUAGCAAUGAUGGGACAAACAAAGGAAGCUGAAAAAAUGACUAACCAUAUUGUGACAGAAGAGGCCAAGUGUCUAGAAUGCUACCGCCUUUUAUCAGCCAUCUACAGCAAGCAGGAGCGUUACAGCAAGGCCCUUGAAGCUAUAGAUAAAGCUCUGCAGCUAAAACCAAAGGAUCCAAAAGUCAUAUCGGAACUCUUUUUUACUAAAGGAAAUCAGCUAAGAGAACAAAACCUUCUUGACAAGGCUUUUGAGAGCUAUAAAGUGGCUGUGGAGCUGAACCCAGAUCAAGCUCAGGCAUGGAUGAACAUGGGAGGGAUUGAGCAUAUCAAGGGAGACUACGUCAAUGCACGUAGCUAUUACGAGAAAGCUUUACAGCUGGUUCCAAACAGCAAGCUACUGAAGGAGAAUCUGGCUAAACUGGAUCGCUUAGAGAAACGAUUGCAGGAAGUCCAGGAGAAAGAUCAGACGUAGCUAGUGGAAGGAGCUUCAUGCCCCUUGCAGAAGAAAGAGAAGUGGAACCCCAUUGUCAGAAGUGACACAGAAGAAGCUGUGAUGUGACUCAGAAUAAAGGAGGGCAAAUUUGGGGUGCACAUUUGUGUAUCACCAAAGUUGCUGGAGACCCAUCAUUUCUAUAGGGUAUGCUGAAAAAUGAGUGAAAACCCUGUUUUAAUCAAGAUUUAUGUUUGGGUUGGAUGCAUAUCACUGCCAUUAAUGCUGUAAUGUAAUGGGAGAUGCACCUUUGAUGUCCUGGUCUCUCACUUCCCAAGCUGGGUGGGCUGUAGAGGCAAAGUUCUCAUCCACUGUGGCAAGGGAUGGAGCAGUGCUUCUUGUUGUGAGUCAACACUCACCCAUCUAGCCCACUUAAGGAGUACUAUUAAUGGUCUCUAAAGCAUGCCCCAUAAAGUCCUCCUCAGCCAGAACGACGGUGACAAUGAUCAGCAGAGAGCGUCAAAGGUAGUUACAGGGUUAAAGCUGGGAGAAAUGGUGGCCAUUUUUAGGUCUCCAACAAUGACUUGAAAAUGACCCCAAGGAAAUGGAGAAUGAUGUGUGGACAUGGCUGUCUCUGAAAGUGGUGAUUCUAUGACUAGGGCUGCUAGUCCUUUGAGGAAAAACCUCAGUUGAAUGGUUUACUCUGAAGAUAAUCAUUUUUGUAACUAUUCAGAUUAAUGAUAUCACAAAAUUGUCAGAAAUCACAUGACUUUUUUCGCCCAAUCAGAAUGCUAAUUUCUAUGAAAAAAUUGGAACUGUCCGAUGGAAAUAUGGAAUUCUUUAAUGGCUCCACCUCCCUCCGUCCCCCACCCCCUCAAAACUAUAUUUUUAAAUAUUGAUGGAAAGGCAAGUUUGCUUCAGAAUAUGGACAUUUAUUUUUGAGUGUUAUUUAUUUUUAACUUAUAAUAAAAUGUUUAAUAUAUUUUACUCUGUUUAUAAGAGUUGGACAACAUCCCUCACAGCUGGCAAUGUGGCUUGUGAUUGUUGCUUUUAUUGUAUAAAGUUAGAAAAUACGGCA